AAAAGUUUCCUUCAUCUUGUGAAAAGUCAAAUUAUUCAUGAUAUUCGAGAUACUUAUAAUUUUGGAGAUAUUGUAAAUAUUUCUUGCAAUGCUGGUUAUAUGGGACAUGCAAAAAGGACACAGUGUGUCAAUAUUAACAAGUGGUCAGAAAGAGGACCAGUCUGUGAAGGUGUUCCUUGUCCAGGCCUCAAUAAAACUGAUAAUUCUGAGCUCCCUAAAAAGUUAAGUGGAUACAGAUUUCAAGAUGCGGUAACAUUCAAAUGCAACCAAGGUUACAAAUUAUCAGGAAAUGCAUAUCUGAUUUGUUUAGCAAAUGGUCUUUAUCCAUUUGGAAAAUGGAAUGGUGUUCAACCAGUUUGUACAGCUGAAAACUCGAGCGAAUUUCCCGCGGCAACUGUAGGUGCUGCUGUGGGAUCAGCUUUUGCAGUCAUUUUGAUAUCCGUGACCAUAGUCAUCAUAAUCGUUCGUAGAAGAAAACAAGAUCAGAGAACUGCUAAACGUACAGUUUACAAAGAAACUUCAUCGGAAUUUCGGAAUUGGGGUGAAGAGAAAAGUAUACGUAGUAAAACAGACCUUACAAGUUCAAUAAAUGCCGAGUCGAAAGUCACUACUUCCAAGAAUAAUGAUACACCGUACUACAAUGACAAAGAUGGAGAAGGAUAUUACAGCUUCACAUUAGAUAAACAGAUUCCCAAAAGUGCUAUUCUCGUGAAAGAUUUCUUUGAUUACGUUGAAAAUGGAAGAGAAACUGAAGGGAAGAUAGAGUUAGAAUUCCUGACAUUUAAGAAUGGUCUGCAGAAAGCAACACUGGCCGCUCUAAAACCUGGGAAUAAAGCUAAAAAUAAAUAUAAAAAUAUGUAUGCAUAUGAUGAAACACGAGUUAUACUUGAUGUUGUUGAAGGAUCACAAAACUCCGACUAUAUCAACGCGUCGUUCAUACAUGGAUAUGGACAAGUUAGAAAGUAUAUAGCUUCACAAGGACCACUGGAUAAUACUGUGAAUGACUUUUGGAAGAUGGUUUGGCAGUGUGAUUGUGGUAAAAUUAUUAUGCUCACAAAUAUAUUCGAGGAAGGAAAGCAAAAAUGUAUACAAUAUUGGCCAGAGGGAGAAAAUAAAAAAGCAGUGUUUGGAGGAAUGGAAAUUCUCUUAAUAAAAGAAGAGAUUUAUUCCGAUUUUGUCAUAAGAAUUAUAAAGAUGCAAAAGGGAACGGAAAACAAGGUAGUAAAACAUUUCCACUAUACUGCCUGGCCUGAUAAAAAUGUUCCAAAAUAUUCCUCAUCUCUAGUUCACUUUAGACACAAAGUCAACAAUACCGAGGUGUCAUGUACUGGUCCUAUGGUUGUUCAUUGUAGUGCUGGUAUAGGACGAACAGGAACAUAUAUUGGUUUAGAUUAUGUGGUAAAUCAAGCUAAGGAAUUUGACUAUGUGGACGUGUUUGGGUGUGUUGAAGGUUUACGACGACAGAGGGUUAAUAUGGUGCAAACACAACGCCAGUAUGUUUUUCUCCAUGAUGCAGUUUUAGAGGCACUCAUGUGCCCAAAUUCAGGAAUACCGUCUAAGGAUUUUCAAGAGGAUUACAAAAAACUGUUGGAGUUUGAUAGCAUUAAAAAGAAAGUCAAAUUACGUGUGGAAUAUGAGAUGAUGAAUAAAAUUUCUCGGAGACAUGACGAAGAAGAGUUUGAUAGGGGCAAGUCAGUUGAAAAUAAAACAAAAAAUAGGUACAGCAAUAUAAUUCCAGUCGGAUCCGAAAUACCACUUCUAUGUACUGUUGUUGAAGGACAUAAUGAGUACAUUAACGCUGUUUUCUUACCUGGCUAUAAAAACAGUAAAGCGUUCAUAGUGACACAGAUGCCACUAGAGGAUACCAAGGUAGAUCUGUGGAGACUGGUGUAUGACUAUAACAUAUCAUCCAUUGUAAUGCUUAAUCAAAGCUACGAUAAAAGAGAUGCUUACUGGCCAGAAUUAGGUGAAUUAUCAGUAACAUCUGGUCCGUUUAUCAUUGAACAAACAAACAUAGAGUCCAGUCGGUUAUUCCAACUCCUUCAACUGAAGAUUGUGUAUAAAAACAAGGAUCAUAGAAAUCUCAAGAUGUUCCAGGCCAAAUUUUGGGGUGACAUAGAUGGUGUUCCAAAGACCUCUAGUGAUAUGUUUAGCUUCAUUGACGUUGUCGAAAAUGAUUGCAAUAGUAGCGGGCCAGUACUUGUCCAUUGCCUAAAUGGUUGUGACAAGAGUGGGCUAUACUGUGUGUUGGCGACUGUUAUAGAACGACUGAGGAUAGAACAAGAUGUCGACAUACAACACAUCAUCAAACAGAUGAGGAACAUGAGGCCACAGAUUAUCCCAAACUAUGAACAAUUCCAGUUUAUAUACGAAGCUGUAAUUGAAUAUCUACAAGAUUUUGAAACGUAUUCUAAUUUCCAGUGAAUCGUUUCCUCAAUGAAUUAAUUAGAUUAUUUAGUGGAUCUGAAAUCGUUGACUUCAGUUUAAGUAGCGACUUUAAUCUCUUGGUACAGAUGUAUACAGUUGACAAUGAUUGACUUGCUGACUGAAGCGAAAUAGUCUGCAACUUAAUAUUAAUGCCUUAUUUAUAUUUUUUUAUCAUUGUAUUUAUAUCAAUUAGAUAACGCAAUUAUGUACCUUUAAAUGAUUUAUAUUCAAAAACGCAAUAUCUAGAAUGUCUUUAGAUACGGAAAACGCUGAGGGAAAACGUCGUUAUAUGUACUUGUAUUUUGUAAAUAAACAAAUAUGACAGCAAUAUACGACACUUUUGAAUUCUAUACUACGAUUAAACGAUGGAUAUGUUU